CCUCUCUCCCGCGCCGUGGCCCAAGGGUUCGCAGGGAGUGCGGAUGUUUUAAAAGAUUCCGGCCUCGGGCCGCAUCGUGGACCCCGAGAGGCAGAGGUACGUUUUGCCAUGGGGCAGAAGGCGUCGACCGAGACGGUCUUGGCCAAUGUGAUCCCUGUGAACUCGAAGACGGCGUUCCCCCACGGCUCGCCCGAGCGCGCCAUGUGCGUCAGCGGGGGCGGGUCCCGGGCGCUGUCCUACAGCCUGGGGGUGUACCGCGCCUUGUGGCAGCUGCAGCUGACCGAGCGGCUGCAAGCCAUCAGCUCCGUGUCCGGGGGCUCCUGGUGCUCCUCCAUCUUCAUGUUCGCCAGAGAGUAUCAGAACGCGCCCAUCGACACGGAGACGCUCCUGGGCGAGGUGUACCGCCCGGCGGAGCUGACGAUGAGCGUGCUGAGUGGGGCGGUGGCUCCCCUGGCCUCCGGCAUCGUCAACAACAACUCCACCCAGCUGUUGGCGACAAUCGCGGACGAGAUCAAAGGUGACCUGUAUCAACUCUGGCCCCACUUCAUCUCGCGCUGGCUGUACCAAAACUUCAGCCAGUUGGGCAAUUUAGACGCCUACAUGGCCUUGAACGAGGAGCAGGUGGCGCGCAUCAAGGAGUGGAACCCCCAGCUGGAGAAGAAGAGCUUCGUGACGCCCAUCGAGGCACAGCGCCCCAAGCAGUAUAUCAUCAACGGCACUCUGCUGGCGCCGUUGAAAUAUGAGGCCACCAAUAAGAAUGCCGUGUGCAUGCAGAUGAGUCCAGACUACUCUGGAUGCCUGUUUUAUCCAGAUGACUCGCGUGUGAAGUAUCCCUACGCGCCGCUUUGCCCAUGCACGCCAGAGGCGGUAUACGCUUGCAAAGCCAUUACGCGCACGGUGGGCGGAGGUGUGGUGGAGUCCUUCGCCUUCGGCGGCGCGGCGCCGGAGGGGAAGGCCCAGCAGGGCGGGGAGAAGGUGGCGGUGGGGAAGCCCAAGACCAGCUUGAGCCUCUGCAAGGCGGUCAGCAUCAGCAGCUGGGCUUUGGCUGGUGCCUUCGAACAGACCCGUGAGACCGGGACGUUGUUCAAUAUCCGAGACGAGUACUGGCCCGUGACGAGCGCAAAAUUGCCCAAAAAGCAGGAGGCCAUCACCUACGAGUUCGGGGACGGGGGGCUGACCGACAACGGGGGGGUCAUCCCGCUCCUGCAGCGGAGCGCCGAGAAGGUGAUCUGGGUGUGCAACAGCUAUCGCUCCCUGGACCCCAGCUACGACUGGUCCAAAGCCACUCCGGAGAACUUUGAGCCCCAGGCUGCUGGCAUCGUGGAUCAGGUCUACUACACCUUCGGGUACAAAUGCCCGGCGAAGAACGGCUACUGGGACAACGACCAGGUCUUCGAGAAAGAGGUGUGCCUGUCCCUUUGCAAAGAGAUCAAGCGGCUCAUCGACGAGGGCAAGCCCUGCAUCGUGCGGAGGAAGCUGAAGGUGGUACCGAACACCUGGUGGGGCGUCAAGGGCGGCUAUGAGGUGGACCUCCUCUUGAUCUACCUGGCGCAGUGUUCCGACUUCGAGAGCCAUUUGCCCACCGAAACGCGGGCCGAGAUCGAGAAGGGCGCGGCCGGCCCUUUUGCGAACUAUCCCAUCUACAAGACGGAGUUCCAGAACACCGGCGACGCCACUGGUCUGACCAGAGCGCAAGUGAACUUGCUGGCGUCACAGGGCUAUUACAGCGUCAUGACCAACAUUCCGGAAUUCCGGGACAUCCUGAAGUGAUGCCUCUUAAAAUUCUGGUGGGAGAGUCAUUGCCCCCCAAAAACUGAUCUUGAACUUCCAGUUUGUGUGCAUGUGCUCUUGUAUCUUGUGGGAAAAUACUUGCCCCUUGAAAUUUCUGAUUUUGAACUUCCAGUCUCUAGCAUGUCUGGCGCACACACGUACGUGUACUUGCGCGCUCUUGGACGGCUAUGCCUCCAGUGCAUGUCACAGGUGCAAAGGCGCCUGUACCCAACUGGAAGCAUAUGUGCGAAAGG